AUGAAUACGGGUCUGCUCUUAUACCAGCCAUUCAAUCGCGUGACUUGUGUGUGUGUGUGUGUGUCUCUCUCUCUCUCUCUCUCUCUCUCUCUCUCUCUCUCUCUCUCUCUCUCUCUCUCUCUCUCAAACUCUCUCAAACUCUCUCAAACUCUCUCAAACUCUCUCAAACUCUCUCAAACUCUCUCUCUCUCUCUCUCUCUCAAACUCUCUCUCUCUCAAACUCUCUCUCUCUCAAACUCUCUCUCUCUCUCUCUCUCUCAAACUCUCUCUCAAACUCUCUCUCUCUCUCUGGUCUCACAAUGUGUCGCUCCCCGGCCCUACUGUAUAGCCGCAAUCGCUACCAAACACCUACCUUCGACUCUUGUCAUGUACAUCGGGGUGCUCGCCUCUUGGGGCUACUUUCGCCUCUUCCUUUUCACCAAGCUCGUGGCCUCUGUGUUUACCGAGGCCCCAGCAUCUUUCGGCACCCGCCUGGGCUUUGGUGUGCUUCUGUCAUCGCUUCUUGGCCUCCACCUCUACUGGUAUACCAUGUUCUUUGUGAUGCUCUACCGUUAUUCGGCCAAGGGCAAGAUCAAAGACGUGUCCGAGAGCUCGGCAGCCUAUCCUCGCGACCACGUUUUUGACACCCGACAAGAAGCCACUACUGGAAGCAACAAGAAGCGUCUCUGAGUUGACACGCGCCCGUUGCUUGUUCUAGCCCCUCGCCUCUGUUGUACAACAGCCUGUGUGUAGCCAUCAGAGCUUCAUUUGUAUGUUUUUGUGCGUGUCUGUUCCACCUUGUCUCCCUCUCUCCCGCUCUCUCCCUCUCUCUCUCUCUCUCUCUUUGCUCUUCAUCAUUGAGUGCUCUCGUUCCCACCGUCUUCCCGACCGUCCUUCGAACCGCAAACUAAUCGAAAAUCCAGCUAGCC